AUGGCUUCGCUUUUUCUUCAAUUAUUUUUCUUCCUAGUGUCAGUGACCCAAAUUUUAGCUGAUCAAACGGCUAAAACUUACAUUAUCAGAGUAGACAGCGAAUCCAAGCCGUCUAUUUUUCCUACACAUUACCACUGGUACACCUCCGAGUUCAGUGAGCCCACCAGCAUCCUACAUGUAUACGACACUGUUUUCCAUGGCUUCUCUGCCUCGUUAACUCCGUCUCAAGCUGCUUCAGUUCUGAAGCAUCCCUCAAUUCUUGCCGUAUUUGAAGACCGGCGCCGCCACCUCCACACCACCAGGUCGCCGCAAUUCCUUGGGCUGAGGAACCAGCGCGGCCUCUGGUCGGAAUCAGAUUAUGGGUCUGAUGUCAUAAUUGGACUUUUUGAUACGGGAAUAUGGCCCGAGCACAGGAGCUUCUCGGAUCUAAAUCUGGGCCCUGUUCCAAAACGCUGGAAGGGAGUGUGCAAUACUGGGGUUAAAUUCACAGCCAAGAAUUGUAACAGAAAAAUCAUUGGAGCGAGGUUUUUCUCUGAAGGCCAUGAAGCUUCGUCUGGUUUUGGUGGAAUUGCUGGCGGGAUUAAUCAAACCAUCGAGUUUAAAUCCCCAAGAGACGCUGACGGUCAUGGAACUCAUACUGCGUCCACUGCUGCUGGGAGAUAUGCAUUCAAGGCCAGCAUGGAAGGCUAUGCCUCUGGAAUUGCUAAAGGGGUAGCACCAAAAGCUCGAUUGGCGGUUUACAAAGUUUGCUGGAAGAAUUCCGGCUGCUUUGAUUCCGAUAUUCUGGCGGCAUUUGAUGCAGCUGUUAAUGAUGGAGUCGAUGUCAUUUCCAUUUCCAUUGGUGGCGGGGACGGGAUUUCUUCUCCGUAUUAUCUCGAUCCGAUUGCUAUCGGAGCAUAUGGUGCAGUUUCUAGAGGUAUAUUUGUUUCCUCGUCAGCUGGAAAUGAUGGGCCUAAUGGAAUGUCAGUGACUAACCUGGCGCCAUGGCUGACAACUGUUGGUGGUGGCACGAUUGAUCGGGAUUUCCCGGCUGACGUAAUUCUUGGCGACGGAAGGAAACUUUCCGGUGUAUCUUUAUAUGCCGGUGCACCAUUAAACGGUAAAAUGUAUCCUCUGGUUUAUCCAGGUAAAUCAGGGAUGCUCUCUGCUUCACUCUGUAUGGAAAAUUCAAUUGAUCCUAGUUUAGUGAAAGGUAAAAUUGUGAUUUGCGAUCGAGGGAGUAGUCCUCGUGUUGCGAAAGGCUUGGCUGUUAAGAAGGCUGGUGGUGUGGGAAUGAUUCUUGCUAAUGGCGUUUCCAAUGGUGAAGGUCUAGUGGGUGAUGCUCAUUUGCUUCCAGCUUGUGCUGUUGGUUCUAAUGAAGGAGAUGCUAUAAAGGCCUACAUAGCAUCAAAUCCUACUGCAAGUGCGACAAUUAAUUUCCGGGGCACUGUAAUUGGGAUCAAACCGGCUCCGGUAGUGGCCUCAUUUUCUGGCAGAGGGCCGAAUGGUCUUAACCCGGAAAUCUUGAAGCCUGAUUUGAUUGCACCCGGGGUGAAUAUCUUGGCAGCUUGGACCGAUGCAAUAGGUCCAACUGGUUUAGAUUCUGAUAAGCGAAAAACUGAGUUCAAUAUUUUGUCUGGCACAUCUAUGGCUUGUCCUCAUGUCAGUGGGGCUGCAGCCUUGCUUAAAUCUGCACAUCCUGAUUGGAGCCCUGCAGCUAUAAGAUCAGCUAUGAUGACAACUGCAAGUUUAAUCGAUAAUUCGUUUAAACCAAUGAUCGAUGAAUCGACUGGAAAACCAGCCACUCCAUAUGAUUUUGGUGCUGGACAUUUGAAUCUUGAUUUAGCCAUGGAUCCUGGACUUGUCUAUGACUUGACAAACAACGAUUACGUUAGCUUCUUGUGCGCGAUUGAGUAUGGUCCUAAGACAAUUCAGGUGAUCACUCGAUCACCAGUGAAUUGUCCAAUGAGGAAGCCAAUGCCAGAGAAUCUGAAUUACCCGUCUAUCGCAGCAUUGUUCCCAAGUUCAUCUAAUGGAGUAUCUAGCAAGACAUUCUUUAGGACGGUGACAAAUGUUGGGGAAGCAAAUUCAGUUUACAUAUUGAAGGUCGAGCCCCCGAAGGGGGUGAUGGUGACCGUUAAGCCCGGAAAGCUCAUAUUUUCGGAGAAUGUCAGAAAACUGAGCUACUACGUAACAAUAUCAGUCGACAGCAAGAAUCUGGUAUUGGAUGACUCGGGUGCUGUGUACGGAUCACUUUCUUGGAUAGAUGGAAGGCGUGUGGUUCGAAGCCCCAUUGUGGUUACUCAAAUAGAUCCGUUGUAA